UUUACAUUUAGGAAUUUGUUUAGGUCACCGUGACCUAUGGCUAUUGGCGUGCUCGCUCUCCAGGGCUCCUUCCACGAACACGUUCUAGCGCUGCGGAGAUUGGGCGUGCAUGCGAUCGAAGUGAGAAAGGCGGAUCAGCUGGAAGGGCUCGCGGGGCUGAUAAUUCCCGGCGGCGAGAGCACCACAAUGGCCAAGCUCGCCAAUCAAUACAAUCUCUUUCCAGCGCUUAAGGAUUUCUCGACGUCUGGAAAGCCGAUGUGGGGGACUUGCGCUGGACUUAUUUUUCUAGCAGACCGAGCUACCGGUACUUUUGUUCUUCGUUCUCUGACUAUCAAGGCUUUCUGUAACUUUCUCUCCACAGGGCUAAAGGAUGGAGGACAAGAGCUUCUGGGCGGACUAGACUGUACAGUUCAUAGGAAUUUCUUUGGAAGCCAGGUGAAUAGUUUUGAGACGGAGCUCGCUGUUCCGGCUCUGGCGGCGAGCGAAGGCGGUCCUCCAAGGUGCCGUGCAGUUUUUAUUCGUGCUCCUGCCAUCGUUGAGUUUGGAUCUUCCGUAGAACAGAUAGCGGACUGUGAAGUGCCGUCUUUCAGCGCUCCACCUUCGCUCGAGGGAGAAAUGUUUACGAGAAGAAGGGUCGCGGUCGCGGUGAGACAAGGAAACUUUUUAGGCACUGCGUUUCAUCCGGAGCUAACAUCGGAUACUCGAUGGCAUAGCUACUUCGUGAAGAUGGUUCAAGCAUUUGAAGAAGUUGCAGCCAGUUCAGCGCUAGUCCCGCAGAAGUUUUGCUGCCGGAACGAUUCGUUCGAGGAGAUGAAGGAUCUCCCCAUCUUUGAAGGCUUGGUGCAAGAAAAAAUUCUCUAGUAAGUCCAGGCAAUACAUUCUUUCGGAAACUCGAUGCAUGAGUUUCCAAAGUUUCCAUGA